AUGAGUCAUCUUCAAAUCGCUCAUUGGUCCGAAUAUCAAGGAUGUGCUCACGUGGAUUACAAUCUUAUCGAGAUCCAUCCUGAGAAAAGGAGGUACUUUCGCUCCAGCGAUGAAGAACAGUGGGGGAGAAUACUGAACCAUGACCUUGACAACAACGUUGGACUCGCCCCUAUCGUUAUGGUCUCCCGACUAGCGCUUGACAAUGCGCGAAGAGGCAGUCGAGAUGUAAGUGAUGGCCGGUCGCCACCGGUGCUUUUGUUUCGUAUUGGAGAGAUGCUAUGCCUUGAUGGGCAAUCUCGCGUGAGGGCGAUCUUGAAUCCUAGGACAGGGUCCAUGACGAGAAAAUUUGAUUUGGUCCAUCUGGUCCUUGACGAAAUGGACGAUCGUAAGCGACAUGAGAUUCUCUACGGUUCCUGCUACCAGAUUCGUCCCAACUGCAGUAAGCUCUACACCGAAAUCCAACAGACCGAAAACUUCGACGGGCGGCGGAGAAACCUACAGCUGAAGUCUACACUCAAGAAAAGCGAGCUAGAGGGCCUGAGGGCUCUGAAAAAUUGUAAAAGGCUGUCUGAUGCGUACAAUAAAGUCAGGGAGGCUUUGCCGACCAUGGCACACGGCUUUCUGUUCAGUCGGUUCAAGGCUUACCAUGCCACAUUAUGCGAGGUUUCGAUGGAACGGUAUUUGGUGAGGUACAUCUACGAAUUCUGGCAGAUUAUGGGCAACGAUGCGAGGUCAAAGAUCGAGGGAUUGGAGGAAUUCCCGCUAAACCAAAUACCCUCAGAAGCAAUUGAUCGGCUUCAAGGAUUAAUGCCAGCGACAUCAAGCAAAGAUCAAUCAGAAGUUGACGAAGCCUUUUCAGUGCCUGAAAUGUUUGGAGAGCUCAGUGAGACGCACCGAGAGGCGUUGAAAGACAGUAUCUUAAGCUCACAUCACAUGAUUCCCUCCUUCAAACUCUUCACAGUGCACAUGCGAGUUCUAGAAAGGGUAUCCGGCUGCCUCAAAGAAAUGCUCGGCCUAAAUGGGCAGCAUGGGGCCCGCCGGCAAGGAUGUUCGAGGCCACUCGAGACCAUGCUACGAGAAAUGUAUACUUUGGAUCGGAACAGUGACGAUGAGUAUCACAUCCAGACUAUGAAUGGAUGGCGGACCAUCCGCGCUCCUUUCGAGGACCGGCGAGAGCUCAGUUGCCGUCAACUCUGGCUCUUUGCGAUGAGGCACGCGGUCGGAGUGGGUCAGAUGGAUCCCGAUCUUUUCGCCCGCGUAGCGACACGCCUAGGGUUCUACUCUGACUACAUUACGGUAAAUGCGGGCGCGUGUGCCGACUCAGCUGAGGAUGAGGCUCUCAAUCCACCAUCUUCGCGGUGGGUGGACCUUGCAACCGUCUCUGUUGAGGAACGGCUAGGACAGAAAGGAGGCCGAUGGCUCAAGAAGAUCGAAGACGCUCAGAGGUAUCUAUUUUUUGAUAUUGCGGAGACCAUCGGAACCAAGUCUGACAAAGCUUCACAAGAACGGAAAAGAUGCACAACUCUGAUGGAGUUGGCAAGCAUAUACCGUGCUCUCUUCGGGCAGCCACUCUCACCCUCUCCAUAUGCCGUAAUGCCCCACGCAGAAAGUGAUACUCAAUUGGCCCUACAUGCAGCGGCUAGUGAGCCUAGCCGGUCACAAGAUCCGCCGCUCGACCGGAGUGUUAAUUCCCCUGCGCCACCAAUCGGGCAGACAGAGCAGUAUGAUGAUACGGUAACGGAUACCCUGCACCUCCUCCCGGGCGUUGGCGAAGAGGAAGAGCAUGGUUCGGCCGAAAUCGUCACCACGGAAUCACCUCUGGUUAAUAGGGCGCUUGGCUUGAGUGGGCUCCGGCUUCUCGAUGUACUGCCCGCAGCUUCGAUGAUAGGCAACUGGCUCUCGCCAAGUACACUUGAACCAAUACGCAUCCCGAUUCCGCGAGGAAGUCCUAACCAACAGAUGCAAAUGGCAAUCCGAGAUGUGGCGGACCUCGACGGGGACAUCGGGGACACGGAAUCGAUACAGAGCGAUAAUGGUCUCCAACUGGAGAAUUUAAAUACCACUUCGCCGUCGACCUUUGAUGGCCAGAUUGACGGACAGCCAGGGAAUCUACUUCAAUUAACUAUGGGAGCCGAGGAGCCGUCUACCGAAGCGUUGGGAGAUACUGGCCGCGCAGCUCACACCUCCACAAGGGGGGAUCCCGGUGAGGUACACCGAUCGGAACUGCAACACGACAGACCCCGAACGGCCCAGAUCCAGGACGGAGAGAGCCAGGCCACAGUUCCCAAUGCCUCGGUUGGCCUAAAUUCUCAUGAUACCAUUCCGCAUGAAGAAGAUAGGGCAUGGUACGGGGGAAUCGUGAAUGGUGAUAGCCUACAGAGUUUACAGGUCGAUACCGAACAAUAUGAGUCUGGCAACGCAUUAUUUGAGGCCGAGAGUAUGUCGACGGAAGAGGGGCAGUCUGAACACGAUCCCGAGAUGGACAUGGGGAUUCCCACGGCGGGUCUUGAAAGGCAGGGGUCAGAGGCAACAAACGCUCCGCAAGUGAUGGUAGAGAAUGAGAGACCCGUCUUCUCUGAGACUCAGGAUAAGAUACCAAUCAUCGACGUGGGGAUUGCACCGCCCGAUGAUCCCCCUGUGGCUCUUGGUAGUCAAGAUCAAGGCAACGAAUCGUCUUUGAACACCCAGUCAAGCCCUAGCCACGGGGAGCCAUUACGCGAAAAGGAGAUCGAAGUGACCGUUGAUGCGGGGGUGCAGCAGAGACCACCACCCCCGGGCUAG